AGGCAACCUGAUACCCAAUAAAUAGCCAGACAAGUCAUCAACAUUCCAGCGCACUGCUGGAGAGAUGAGACAAUUACACCAGCUGCCCCUAGUGGGGCUCCUAUUGUUUUUCCUUACUCCAAGCCAACUAUUCAAGACCUGUGAGGUAAAUGAAGACGACCGAUUCCGUCUAAACCCUCUGUUGAGCACAAUGAGCUAUUCAAUAUGUACCAGUGAAGUCCAAGCUGCCAAUGUUCUGCUGUCCCUGAGACUUGUUGGGAUCAAGAGGCAAAACCUAGAGCAAAAGCUGAUGCAAGAAGUCAACGAUACUGCGGUAAGGAAAGCAUCAAAUAUAAGUUCUGGACAGCUUGCCUGGACUAUGAUGGCUUUGGGAGCAUGUCAUAACCCUAAUGAAACCUUUAUUAUUGAUCUUCAACUGGUCCGCCUUCUAGAAGAGAAAUUCCAAGAAGAAAUUGAAAAUAUGAGAGCACACAACGGCAAUCCACUAACUAACUACUACCAGCUCAGCCAGGCCCUUUUGGCCUUGUGCCUGUUCAGUGGAAACUACUCAGUCACUGAAAUUGCUGAACUCUUCACUCCUGAAAAUAAAAACUAUUAUUUUGGUAACCAGUUCUCAGUAGAUACUGGUGCAAUGGCUGUCCUAGCUCUGACCUGUGUGAACGGGAGUAUAAUAAACCGACAGCCAGAAGAUGAGAAGAUUUCAAUGAGUAUCAAUAAUCACACAGAGUUACUGAUAAAAAAAAUUCUGUCUGAGAAAAAAGAAAAUGGUCUCAUUGGAAACAUAUAUAGUACAGGAGAAGCUAUGCAAGCCCUCUUUGUCUCAUCAAACCAUUACAAUGAAAGUGAAUGGAAUUGCCAACAGACUCUGGACACAGUACUCAAGGAAAUUUCUCAGGGAGCAUUCAAUAUUCCAACUGCUGCAGCCCAGAUCUUACCUGCCUUGAUGGGAAAGACCUAUUUGAAUGUUAACAAAGACUCUCCUUGUGUCUACACUUCAGAUUUCAAUGCCUCCAUUCCUGUGCCUGGAUCUGUGACACCUACGAACUCACCUUCAUCUAUCACAGUCCAUUACUCUGUGCAAAUCAAUGAAACAUAUUCCACCAACGUCACCGUGCCAAAUGGGUCUGUCUUCCUAAACGUGAUGGAGGCAGCUAAGAAACAAAACAUAACUAUAUUUGGCUUUACAAUGGAGGAGACUUCAUGGGGCCCAUACAUCACCUCCGUUCAGUGCCUAAAGGCCAACAAUAAUGAUAGAACCUACUGGGAAAUUUUGAGUGGAGGCCAUUCACUGAGCCAAGGAGUUGGUAGUUAUGUUGUCCAUAAUGGAGAAUAUUUGAUGAUUCGCUGGAGCAAAUACUAAUAAAUCCAAACCUUCCUCAGACGGAUCUAAUCCAUUUGCAAUAGAAAUUAGUUUCAUUUAUCUUAAUCCCAAGAGAAGAGUCAAUAACCUCUGCUUCUCUCUCUCUGCCUCUUCAGUAAAAAAACCAGUAACUGUA